AUGGAUCAUACUCAGACUCAACACGGUUCUCAACCCGACUCCAACCAAGCCCAUGCCUCUCGACCGAAGGCUUCAGUAGAUAUCGAGAAGCAAUGUGGUGUCCCUCUACCCAGCGGCGCUCAGUGCGCUCGCAGUCUGACUUGCACACGCCAUGGAUUUGCUGCAAAGCGCGCUGUGCCAGGCAGAAGCGCGCCCUUCGACCAGCUGCUCGCUGAGUAUCGGCGUGCGAGUUGA